AGCUUUGGGAGGCCCGACGGUCACCCCCGGAGCCGCAGCGCGUUCUGCUCCCGUCUGCGGGCGGUACCGGGUACCGGGAGGCGGUGCCGGGUACCGGGAGGCGGCUCCGCCUCGACAAGCGCUCGGGUGUCCUGGCACAUGCCCAGCGAUCGGUCCCUGUGCCCCCCCGGCCCAGCGAGGCUCUUGCCCUGCCUGCCAAGGACCAGUGCGGACCCCACGGCUGAGCCCCACAGUAGCCUGAGGGCACAGCCCGACCCACCGCGGCUCUGGGAGGAUACAGAUCCCCCCCAGCCCUGCCGCAGCUGCAUUCCGAAAAAACCCAUUGCUACAAACACACCAAGCCCACGCUGGGCCACCUUCGGCAUCUCUUUGGGGGUCACACUGGCUGUUGGGGUUCCCAGCACAACGUCUUGCUCAUGCUACAGAAGCUGGAGGGAUGCAACUACCCCAUGCUCCAUCCCCACAUCUGCCCCUGCCUGCCGGGUCUGCCCUGCUCCAGGCAAAAAAAAGGGCUCUGCAACUGUUCCAGGGUCUGCAGCAGCACAUGGGGGGCCUGCCCCACCAGCACGACCCCCAAAUCACAGCGGUUCUGGCUGCUGUGCUGCAGGGAAGUUUGUAUCCACCACCCUAAACAGCGACAGAGAGCUGGGGGUGCAGGUCCUGCUGCCCCCACACUGCCCCAAAGCCCUCAUCCCUCCCUAGGGUUUGUUCCAUUUCAUCCUAGUCUUCAUCUCCAUCUGGAAUGUAUUUUGGGAUGUUUUGACUUGCAGUCCCAAGGCUUCUGCAGCCACUGAGUUUAAAUCUCUGGCUGCUCCUGGAGAGCAGCCAACCCUGAUGGGAAAAUCCGCGUCCCUCGGCAGGGCUGUGUGUGCAGGUGGGCAGCUCCUGCCCAGCACAUCUGCAGGGAGCAGGGGGGCACGCUGGAGGCCCAGCGAGCCCUGUGUGCUGCUGACAGCACCACACACCCGCCAACAGCCUGGGGAGCACUGCCCUCCACCAUGGGAACUUCCCGGUCAAGGGUUUCUCCUCGUGGAGCAGCUCCCUGGGACGCGGCGUGUUCCCAGGGCCAAGCCUGCUGCAGGUCCCAGAGGAAUGCCUGGUGGGAUGGUCCCAGAGCUGAGGGAAAGCCACAGGCUUCCCAAAGCCCCGCAUGUUCCCUGCCGGGUUCAGUGCUGCACAUCUGGCACAGCUGGAGGCCAGGCAGGGUGAGCAGAGCCAGGGCCAAGGUUCUCCUCGGUGACACCUGCUCUCAAGCCCCUGGCUGGCCUCCUCCACGCUUCUAUCCAUGGAUCUCCUUCUCCUCUGCCUCCCUGCACACCCGGCAGCACCGAGACAACGGGCUGAGGGACGGAGAGGCACAGGACAAACCGGGAAGCGUAUGAAGGGGCCAGGCCCUUGGCAGAGGGUUGAGCAGCAGGAAAAGCCCUUUGGAGCCUUUCCCAAUCCCUCCGCCCCUUCCCAGCUCCAGUGACUCAUAAUCCCGGCAUCCGCCCCCGGCCUCAGACGCCCUCCGCACCCGCUCGGGAGCGCGCACGGUGCCUCGGACCCCGCACCUGGGGACAACGGGAGCAGCCACCCAUGCUCCGAGAGCAGGCGCCCACCCAAACAACGGCGUUGUGCCCCAAAAUCCUUGAUGGGUUGCUCAGCCGCAGAGCUCAGGACAGCCGAGAGGGUCCCUUUUGCCUUGGGACCGCUGCUGGGGGAUCCCGGCGGAGCCGAGAGCGGAGCCGGGCGGUGCUGCCUGGGAGGGGAGCUCGGCAAAGGCCACACCCGUGUGCCAGCCCAGGGCGGCACCUGGCCGAGAUAGCAGCCUGGGCAGCAGCCAUCCGCAUCCCGCUCGGACCCCGCUGCCGCGGGAUGCCCAGCGCUGCUGGCAGUGCUACACCCCUGUUUGGCCAGGGCUGACCUCGGGGCCAAAGGGCGAGCUGCUUCGUGCCCGGCCUCACGUCUCCGGCAGAUACGGUUUUGAUAAUAGAGGGAGGGGUCACGAAGCGCCCGGGCUGGGCCAUAGUGCCACCACCACUGCAAAUAUUAGUUUUGACCCCAUACAGGGUGUGGGUUCUCAGAAAGGUUUCUCCCUGUGGCAGCCAGCCCACAUCCCUCUUUCUGGAAGAGCAGGUCUUGUCCCCUUGCAAACCCUUGGGCUGGGAGCCCCCAGGACAGGAGCCCCUCGCAGGACUGGGGUGCGGAUGCCCUCUCUGGGCCCGGCUCGGGUCCCACACACAGGCAGGGCUGCUCCCUGGCAUUUGCCCCAUGGUAUCUGGAGCUGUCUGUAAUUUUUCAGGUGCUGACAUCCCGAAUUGCUGCUCUUGGGUGUCCAUGGGAGGCAGCUGAAGCCAGGCUGAGCAGAAGCAGCAGCACUUGGUCCAGGAUUUGGCCAGGUCAGAGGCUGCUGCUCUGCUCCACUCUCAGGUCCUGAGCUGUCCCUGGUGCCACACAGUGCACUGCCGAGGCAUGGAGGGGCUGUGGGUGCAUGGUGUCCUGCUGAUCUUCCUGCUGCCCUGCUCUGUGGGGAGCCAGAGCAGCUCCACCCCUGACCAGCGAUGGUGGACAGACCCCAAUGAGGCCCCAUCCCAGCACCAAGCUGCCAGGGCCAUGCAGGAGCAGAAGGCUGAUGGUGCCCAGGAGGGGCUGCCCCCACAGCCCCGCUGUGUCCGCUGCUGCCCCCCACCCGAAAGGCGCUUCUACCCCCAGUACCAGCCCAUGCCUCAGAUCAACAUGACCAUCCUGAAAGGAGAGAAGGGGGACCGCGGUGAGCGUGGCAUGCAGGGCAAGUUUGGCAAGACGGGGGUGGCCGGCAGCAGGGGCCACGCAGGGCCCAAGGGACAGAAGGGCAGCAUGGGCGCCCCGGGGGAGCGCUGCAAGAGCCACUACGCCGCCUUCUCCGUGGGCCGCAAGAAACCCCUGCACAGCAACGACUACUACCAGACCCUCAUCUUCGACACCGAGUUUGUCAACCUCUACGACCACUUCAACAUGUUCACGGGCAAGUUCUACUGCUACAUCCCUGGCAUUUACUACUUCAGCCUCAACGUGCACACCUGGAACCAGAAGGAGACCUACCUGCACAUCAUGCGCAACGGGGCGGAGGUGGUGAUCCUCUACGCCCAGGUGAGCGACCGCAGCAUCAUGCAGAGCCAGAGCGUCAUGCUGGAGCUGAAGGAGCAGGACGAGGUCUGGGUGCGGCUCUACAAGGGUGAGCGUGAGAACGCCGUCUUCAGCGAUGAGUACGACACUUACAUCACCUUCAGCGGCCACCUCAUCAAGUACAGCGGGGACCCCUGAGCACCAGGCCCUCCUGUGCCAGGCCAGGUGGCCACGCAGCCCCUGUGCCUCUCAUCCCAGGAGUGCCACCCCCGUUAUGCUGUUAGUCACCCUAGUGCCACUACCCCCAACAGCUGCGCCAGUGUGUGAAUUCCCUCACUGCGGUGCCUCAAGGCCAACCAGACACACCUAGAAGAGUUGGAGCAGUUUUAAGCCUUUGUCACAUCAGUGAACAGCAAGCAGCUGCCCAGCUGGGGUGGGCAGGGGGCUCAGCUCCUCUCCCCACUCCAGAGCUGGGUUUGCCAGGCAGAGCCUGGCUGAGCUGGCACCAGCGGAGCAGUGUGGCUGCUGGUGCCCUGCUGCGAGGCAGUGCCCACCCUCACACCGUGUUACCGUGCUCCUUCUCACACCAGUGGUGCUCAUCACCAUCUGAAAAGUGCAACAAACCACUAAGGGCCCUCUUUCCUUCCACUGCAGGUGUUGCAGUGGGGCUGGAUGUCCCUGUGGGGAGGGAAUUGCGUCACUUCCCUCUCUAGAUUCUGUCACUGCUCACCACAGCCUCUGCUCAGGAAGGCUCUUUCCCCACCAGCAGCCUGGGUGUGGGGCCUUUGGCCUCAGCCACUUCCUCUUCCUCGAGGUUAUCUGCUGGCCAGGCUUCAUGUUUGUGUAGAUGCAGCAGUAGUGUGGGCCAGCGUGCUGACCCCAUUAAACACCUCACAUUUCCUGCCUUGCUCA